AUGGCCGCCGCGCGCCGCCAGGACGAGGCGAGCGAGAAGCCUGCGUCCGCCAGUCGCUCCCAGCGCCCAAGCAACUAUGAGAACCGCAAGUGGAGCAUCGAGGAGACCGUGGAGGUCGACGACGGCAAUGAGCACCAGUGGAUCAGCAGUCCCCAUACCCUAACCGCUGGCUUUUUGCUGAUGCUGUGGCUCGUCUAUGCUGCAUUUCACGACCCUGUCGUGCGAAUAGAGGACCCUAUCGAGCAAGCUCUAACGGACGUGAAGCGCGGGCUGAAGUACGCCAGCGUCUUUUUCCUCACGUAUUGCAGCCUCCAGCUCCCCGACGGUCACUUUGUGCGCCCCCAUCCGCUCGUGUGGCGCUUCGUGACCGGCCUCUUUAUCCUUUACGAGAUGUUGCUGAUUGUGCUGCUCUUUCUGCGCACGGACGACGCGCGCCAGUUCAUGAAAGUGUUCGACGCGACGCUUGGCGUCCAAUUACCCGAGACGUCGUACGCGACGGACUGUCGCGUGUAUACGCCCGAGCGGGCGGACUCGCACUUUGCGAACAUCCGAGCGACGCUCUGGGACCGCUUUGUGCUCAUGCACUUUGUGGGCUGGAUCGUCGGCUCGAUCAUGGUGCGCAGCAAGCUCAUCUCGUGGAUCCUGAGUGUUAUGUUUGAGCUCUACGAGAUCACGUUCAGUCACUGGCUCGCAAACUUUAACGAGUGCUGGUGGGACCACGUCUUUCUCGACAUUCUCCUGUGCAACGCUGCGGGCAUUUACUUGGGCAUGAAAGUCUGCCGCUAUUUUGAAAUGCGUCGAUUUAAUUGGGUCGGGAUCCGUAGAAUACCCAAUUUAUCGGGCAAAGCCAAACGAGCACUGGCGCAGUUCACGCCAGCGUACUGGAUGGCCUACGACUGGAAAAUCUUUCGCUCAGCUGAGCGCUUCUGGCGCGUCAUGUCCAUGGUCGCGAUCUUGUCGAUCAUGAUGCUCAACUCGUUUUUCCUCAAGACAGUGCUCUGGGUGCCGGCAAGCAGCAAUGUCAACAUUUACCGUCUCGCAGUUUGGUAUUCAGCUGGAAGCUACGCCGUGGCAGAGUACUACAUCUUCAGCUCGUUCACCAUGAACUAUGACGGGAAGAAGAUGCCUGUCAAGAAGCUAGGCCCGCGCGCGUGGCUCGGCGUAGCGGUGGUCCUUACGGAGGUGCUGGUGAUUUACAAGCACGGGCAAGGGAUGUUUACGGAGCCCUUUCCGCUCUACGUCAAACUCAUCUGGGCAGCGAUCUUUGCUGUUGUGGUUGUUGGGUCUACGAUUUACUUUACGUUUUUCAACGAGCCGCUUGAUGAUGCAAAGAAGAUGCGGUAG